AGUCAUCACUCUUCAGUCUUCUCCCCCUAAAGCCCGGCAUCGUUUGCUUGAAGAAGUCUGCCUUUACUGCACCACCACGAAAGCCAGACACGUCUCCUCUUUUCCCCUUCCUUUGUGCCACUCAUCUCGCUUCUCACGUGCCCACCUCUUGACCCUCUCUACUCUAUAUAACAAUAUCAAUACUCUCCCUUUGCAACUCCACCUUCGUUUAUUUCUUCUUUUGUCUUUAUUUUGUCUUUCAAUUCAAUUGCUAAUAAAAAUGAUGGCCCCAUUGGAGUGUGCCACCGCGGCUGAAACAGCAGCCGUGCCUAAGGGAGCUCCUCUGUUGAAAGAUGAGUUGGAUAUUGUGAUACCCACCAUCAGGAACCUUGAUUUCUUGGAGAUGUGGAGGCCUUUUUUUCAGCCUUACCAUCUUAUCAUUGUUCAAGAUGGUGACCCUUCGAAGACCAUCAAGGUCCCUGAUGGUUUUGAUUAUGACCUUUAUAAUCGUAAUGAUAUUAACAAGAUUUUGGGGCCUAAGGCCUCUUGCAUUUCCUUCAAGGACUCUGCUUGUAGGUGCUUUGGAUACAUGAUCUCCAAGAAGAAGUACAUAUACACUAUUGAUGAUGAUUGCUUUGUUGCCAAGGAUCCAACUGGCAAGCCACAAAAUGCACUAGAGCAGCACAUCAAGAACCUUCUCUCCCCUUCAACUCCAUUUUUCUUCAACACUCUGUAUGAUCCCUAUAGACAAGGAGCAGAUUUUGUCCGUGGAUACCCUUUCAGUCUCCGUGAGGGUGUGCCAACUGCUGUUUCUCAUGGCCUCUGGCUCAACAUUCCUGACUAUGAUGCACCUACACAGCUAGUGAAGCCUGUGGAGCGGAACGCGAGGUUUGUGGAUAUGGUUUUGACCAUUCCUAAGGGCACCUUGUUCCCCAUGUGUGGUAUGAACUUGGCUUUUGACCGUGAUCUUAUUGGCCCUGCAAUGUACUUUGGUCUCAUGGGCGAUGGGCAACCAAUUGGACGAUAUGAUGAUAUGUGGGCUGGCUGGUGCAUCAAGGUGAUAUGUGAUCAUCUGGGAUUGGGAGUCAAGACGGGUCUGCCUUAUAUCUUCCACAGCAAAGCAAGUAAUCCCUUUGUGAACCUAAAGAAGGAGUACAAGGGCAUUUUCUGGCAGGAAGAGAUCAUCCCAUUCUUCCAAGCUGUUUCCCUUCCGAAAGAAUGCACCACUGUGCAGAAAUGCUACAUUGAACUGUCAAAGCAGGUGAAGGAAAAGCUGAAUAAGGUAGAUCCUUACUUCGACAAGCUAGCUGAUGCCAUGGUCACAUGGAUUGAAGCUUGGGAUGAGCUUAACCAGCCAAAAGCUGAGGCCAAUGGCAAAAAGUAGAAAAUUUUUUAUUACCAGCAAACGACAGUAUAAUUUUUUUAUACUUAGGAAGUGGUUUGAGUUUAUAGUCGAUGCUGUAUUCUUUUCCCUUGCGCACUUUUGACACCAAUUUGGACCUACAUUUCGAUAUACAGAUUGGCUAUUUGUUUGUUUAUUUCAUGCUAUGAACUCAUAGAAAUAAAUCAUAUAUGGUUGAGUUACCCUUGAA